GGCAGCGGGGCGGCGAGUGUACCUGUGUCAAGGUCGGGCUGCGCCUGGGCUCGUCUAUGAGCCCCCCCUCCCCCCCCCUGGGCUCUUUGUGACUCGGUUUCCCCAGCUCCUUCACCUUUCCAGGAGGGGAAAGCGCGCUAGGAGAGCCAGGCCCUUGGAGGCAGCGGUGAGGGGUGCUCGGUGACAGCGUCGCAUGCUUCGGGCAGGAAGCAGCAGCAGCAGGAUGUGGGCAGGGGCUCCGCAGGGCUCCUUGCACCUCGCGUGUCAAGGAAACCCAGCUCUCGCCCGGCUCCGUCCUGCCCGCCUCCGCACCACCGCAGCGCAGGCCCGGUGCCGAGCCGCUCUCUCCAUUUGUACGACCGCUCCGUCCUUCCUAGUUGUGUCCCACGACUUGCUGGCAGAGAGGGUGCCAAACCCCCGAGCCCCAGGCCGGGUCCGUACCGACAGGCUCCUCGCCGGCCAGAUGUGGGCCUGGCGCUGGCGGGACACCGCGGCAGAGGUGAUGGGGACGGUGGCAGGGCAGGCGGUGGUGGACAGCCACCCCCGCUCACCCCCUCCCCGCUGCCAGCAGCUGCGUCCUGGGCAGAGAUGGAAGGAGAAGAUGAGUUCAAGGCAGAGAUCAAGGAAGACAAGUCGAGGCCCAAGAACUAAAAUUUCUGAAAAGUAUAAACCAUCGAAGGAAAAUAUCGGUUCACCUGAAAUUCCCACGACUCCCAUGGGUGGGGGGAGGUUGGGAAAUGUACGGGCUCCCAUAGCCCCGGGUUCUGCGUACCAGCCCCGAACUACCUCUGCCUCCACAUUUCCUGACCUGUAAGAGUGACGUGUUUGACGCCCUCCCCAUUUUACAGCAUCUCUUUAUAGAAAAUACCAAGGAUACUGGAGAAGGAGAUACGUUUGUAUAAGUAGAUAUCUGAAUUUCUGGGUUCUUGUCCUAGCUGAGGGAGGGGUUUGUAACGGGUAACGCUGGACACGGGGGGAGGAAGAGGACGCUGAGCUUUAGGGCUUCAGAGUCUGCUUUAGGCUCUGCCGCCGGCCGGCUUGCUGGUCUGUACAGCAGGGGUUAGUAAAUCUACAGGAGAUUAUGGAUUAACUCUGAAUUUGCAGCAGAACACAAGCCCACAGAAUUUAUGAAAAGCAAAACUGGAAAUGCUUGGUACCAAUUCAUGAUAGAAAUAAAUAGGAAAUGUCUUGAUGCUUUAUUUUAAUUUUAAUGCGAUAGUGUAAGUGGAGAAAGUGCAUCACAUUGAUCUUUGGCUUAAUAACAUCAAAGGUAAACAGCUUAAUUUAGUUUAAGAUCACAGUGUCUACGAUAUAUGCAUAUUGAAUAUUGUAUGCUUUUAAACCUUGAUGAGCUUUAUAUAUGCAAUGGGUAAGGUGGGUUACCAGCUUUUUUUAAGAUGAGCAGCUGGUAUACUUAUGGUUUGGUGGUUCGGACAUUCUUCUGGAGAUGGGGUGAGCUAGGAUCCUCUCUCUCCCAUUCCCUAGGCAAAUGCUCCAACCAGUAGGCUAUUUUUAAAAGGUGGGCAUUCCCCCCGACCCUGUCCUGAAAGAAAGACUGAGUCAAUGAUCUGUGCUGAAGGGGAAGACAUAGAUGCUCAUGUCAGAGAAGUGGUUUUGGGCUGUGAAUCCUAGUUUCAUGUAAGCUCUUAAAUGCAGGAGAGGACUUCACACCUCUGGAUUUCCUGUUGGCUGGGUCAGGCAUUCACUUACCUGCUGUGGUGAGUGCUACGAGUUGCAGUUUAAGGCACAUAAAUCUCACUGUUCACUGUACAGGGAAUUUAAACAUCUAACUCAAGUUUAUGAUUGCAGUCCUUGCAGCCAGGUAUCUAAAAGUUAGGUAUGGUGAUGCUAUGCAUCACCACACAUUAGUCCCUUUGUGGAUCUGGGUUAUUUAUGUAUUUAUUAUAAAAAAAAAAAAUAGAAUCAUUCCAUUCUUAGUUACUGCAGCAGCUGUGUAAGUCGUAUUGGUGCUAAUAGCAAUAAGCCUAGUUUUUACAGAGCUGAGUCUUAGUUUAAUCUAUGCUGAAAUGUAUUCACUAGCACUGAUAUCACACCUUAAAUCCUAGCUCAGGCAAGAAGUUUUAAAACCAUUUAUAUCCCAAGGCUUACAAGAAAUGAGUCAUCUAUAAAAAUAUUUUUAUUUUUAUCUCAAACCAAGAAAAGCAAAUCAAACCAAGGACCUAACAGGAUGAUUGCUUUUCCUCCCCCAGCCAGUUGGUGUGUAUGUUAUAGUUCACAUUUGUUCUGUUUAGAGCGGUGGAGCUCAGCCUUUUAGUGUGGCAGGUCAAGGGCGUAUGACCCAGCCAUAGUGAGCUACCACAGACCUCUGGCAGGAGUGGGGUGGAGGGAGAGGGGCAAGGAGGUGCCCGCUGAUGUCAGAGGAAGGGGAGAGAGAAAGAGAGAGCUGUGAAGGGGAUCAGUGGCAGGGCACAGGUCAGGGAAGGGGAAGCACUAGGUCAAGCUGCUUGUUGCUGAUCCCCCAUACUGUGGACUGGAUCCAGUCACUUUUGGAGGUAGAGCCAGCCUGUAGUCCAUAGGCUGAGUACCACUGGUUUAGCAUGUAAGGUUGUUUUCAGGGAGGGACUUUCUAAAAGUAAAUCUGUCCAAGCACCUAAUGUUGUUAGGGCCAGUGUAAUAAAAAUAAUGAUCACCUGUAAAGCUGUCCAGCUUGAAAAACUCCGUGCAAGUGUCAGUGGUGAAGGUGCUUUAUUUCCUGUUACGUGUUAAGAAUAUGUCGUUAAAAAUACCUUGAUGCUUGGCUAAGCUUUAGUUAGAAGGAUUGCAGGCUGGCAGCCACACCUCACUAACCCCCAGCCAAUUUUGAUCUGGCCCAGAUGAAAACAAGAACUGAAAUUCACUGGCUCAGUUAAGGAUAUUAAAGUUUUUUGAAGGAAUCAAAAUAACAGCAUCUACUUGAAAUUACACAUUUAAUUUGUUUCUCUUGUAACUUACAAUUAAAAAUAAUUGUACCUAAAGGGCUAGAGAAAAAUAUUUGUUUCCUUUUUUGCUGUUAGUUUAUCAUGCAGCUGGCACAAUUUUGUGAGUAGUCAGCUUCACAGUUUCCCCUACAUAGUUUUCUCAUCCCCCUCCCCUUCCCUGCCCCAUUAAUUGUGUGAAUUUUUCAUGCUGUUGAGAGGAGAGAAAACAUGAAAAUACUAGAAAAUGCGUUUUAUAACACCGUAAAAAGGCAAGUGUUCAUCCCAAGCUAUUUUUUGCUUUUUUCAAUUAAUUAGCUUUCAAGUUGUAAGUGUCCCUUUAAUUUGAAGACGUAUCAAGUGUAAACAGAGAGGGACUCAGACAUGCAGUUCCUCCUACUCUCUGUGGAAUGAUACCCCUCGGGUCACAUGCCAGGCAGGGUGGCAUACUGUUCUGUAGUGUCACUGUUCUCUCUAUUUCAUCCAGUUACUAGAGCCUCCUGCAUGCAGAAGCUUGAAGGCUGAUUUCUGCUCCUGGACUUCACAAUGGUGCCUAGUUUCAGAGGUAGGGAAAAUGAAGCAAAGAGAGAAGAAGGGAGUUGCCAGACAGAGGUUUUGCAUCCCUCAGAGGAGAACAAAAAGCGAAAUCCAGCAGCCAGCAUGGAAAACGGAGAUUUUACCAACAUGUAUGAAAACACAAAGAAUGCUAACCUCUAUGAAAUUCCAGAUUCAGAGGAAGAAAAAGGUGAUCAUCUUUAUGAUCAAGUCCAGAAAGGCCCAGCAUCACCUUCCUCCACAGCCACUCCAGAGAGCAUGGACAUCAGCUGUCAGGACAGCUCAGAAAGCAGUUGCAGUAACUCCGUAUCUUCUCAUCAAGGAGGUGAUGGGGACGAUGGUUCAGCUUCAUCUCAGCAGGGUGCUGAAGAAGACCAGGCACGUCAGGAAGAGCUGGAACUGAUGAGUCCACGGCAGGAUGACAAAGAUGUGCAGGCCAUGAUGUUUGGAGGUAGAAUGCUUUCUCCAACUAAUUUCCAACUUCAAAAGAGCCCGAGCCCUUCCACCAGCUUCCCGGUUCCUACUAGAUAUCCACUUAACAACAACUUGGGAGAAACUGACAACUUAGCAAAGGAAGACUAUGAGAUUUACCUUUUUGUCAAGGCUGGUAUGGAUGGAGAAAGUAUUGGGAACUGUCCUUUCUCCCAACGUCUCUUCAUGAUCCUGUGGCUCAAAGGCGUUGUGUUCAAUGUCACUACAGUUGAUUUGAAAAGAAAGCCAGCUGAUCUGCACAACUUGGCACCUGGGACUCAUCCCCCAUUCUUGACUUUUAAUGGGGAAGUCAAGACAGACAUCAACAAAAUUGAGGAGUUCCUGGAAGAGACUCUUGCACCUCCAAAGUAUCCCAAGCUUGCUGCUAAGUACCGUGAAUCAAACACUGCAGGAAUAGACAUCUUCUCCAGAUUCUCAGCAUACAUCAAAAACACUAAGCAGCAGGAUAAUGCAGCCCUCGAGAGGGGUUUGACAAAGGCUUUAAAGAAGCUGGAUGACUAUCUGAGCAACCCUCUGCCUGAAGAGAUUGAUGCAAACAAACCCCAAGAGGAGAAGGUAUCUAAGCGCAAGUUUCUGGAUGGGGAUGAGCUGACACUUGCUGACUGCAACCUUCUGCCCAAGCUCCACGUUGUUAAGAUUGUCACAAAGAAAUAUCGCAACUAUGAAUUCCCAACAGAGAUGAUGGGACUGUGGCGGUACCUGAAGAACGCCUAUGCCAGGGAUGAAUUCACCAACACCUGUGCUGCGGACAAAGAAAUCGAACAAGCCUAUGCAGAUGUGGCCAAGCGGCUCAGCAAAUCCUAACUGACACCUGCACACACCAGCACAGGCUCAGUGUCCCUGCAGAUCUCCAUUUCACAGACUCCUUUCCUUGUUGCCUUAGGAUAUAUUUGUCAUUACACUAUGUGGUUGGCAUCCCCGUGAUUUCAGCUGUUAAAGUGAAUUGGUCAGGGAUAAAUCUGCCUCUCCCUUGAGAAAACAUAAGGCAACCACAGUGCAAGGCUAGGGGGGACCCUCUGAAAUCUGAACCUAAGAUCUGGAGCGAGUAUUAUCAUUUGCAAUCAGUAUUUGAAAAUAGUCCUUUUAUUUUUUUGGCGGUGGUGGGGAGGGAAAUAUCAGCCACCUAACUUGUCUGACUAGGGCCUUUAAAACUAGCAUUUUUAGCUGAAAUUUCAAAUAGCUGGAUUUGGAGUGUACAGAACUGGUCCUUCCCUGGCUUGUGCCAAGGGCACCUUUUUCUGUUGUGAUCUAUUAAAAAAAAUCACUGCUGGUGGGACCUUGAGGUAAGAGAAAUGUGUGUGUGACAGCAUGAAGGGAAAACCCCCCUGAGAAGUUAUAUUUACAAACCUCCUUCAAUACAGCUUCUUAUUUAACAGUGCUAGGCGGUCUAUAAGAUAUUUAUUGAUAACUUGACUGUAGUGGAGGAAGGAUCAGUGAAUAUGUCCAACUUGCUACUUUGCAUCUGACUUGCAUGCUUCAAUUUGAAAUCUUAAAGGAAAAUAGAAUGAGACAUUGAGUGGACAGUCCUUGGAAGAACAGCACUGAUGCCAAAAAAGCCCACUCAAUGCGCAAGUCAGUGGAGGGACUCAGGCACUACACUGAUAGGGGCCAUAAGAUUACUCAGUUGUAUCCUCACAGAAAUCCUCACAGUUGGCUGAAUUCUUUUGGGCAGUUGCAUCUUCGCUGUAUAUUUGCCAGCUUUGUUGUUAUGGAGACAUGGCUGCAGAGUAGAAACUGGUUGCCUCAAGUAGAGAGAAAUACCUUCUUUCUUUUUAAGCUCCAGCUAGGUCACUCUCCAGCCUUCCUCUCCCAUUAUAGCGAGCAGAGUGGCCUGAAACUAUUCAGUAGGAUGGGUUGGGAAGGAGUCCAUAAAAAAAAGACCUGAGGAAGAAUGUCUUGCAUUUGAAAGCUUGUCUGACUAUCCCAACUACAUCGUUAGUCUUAUAAAAGAUACUGCCGUAAGAAACUUUUGCCUCUCAUAUAAAAAGGAAGACUCCCAUUCCUAACUGGAAAGUUGGCAAGUAUACUAGCUCACAUAAAAGCAUGGUGGCUUGGUUUUAUUCAUUCCCGUGUUUCAUAUAGCUACCGUUUAAUGACCCUCCUGAUUGCUCACUUGGACUGCCUUUGGCAACUGGCUAUUUUGUGCUGUGGGCAGCUGCUGCAUGCCACAAUCUGCUUUGAGCUGAACUUUACUGGUGUAUCUCUUUAAGAAAUUAAGGGUACCUAUUCUUUUGUUCAGGACAGAAAAGGCUAAGUGUGUGCACAUAUUGAAGACAAGACUUUCAAUCCAGAUCUAUCAAUUUGGAAGGAGUUGCAAUUUAUGUUUAAAGAUAAAAUAAGUUGACCUCAAGUACUCAUUGGCUCCAGCCCUGGUCAGACCCCUACUCCUGCGUGGGACUGGCAAACCUUUACAUGAAGGAAAGGCUUACAGUAAGAAACCCUAGCCCUGGUUUACAGUUAGAAAGAACUGGACUGGAGAUUACUAACAAGGUCAGAUUCUGCUCUAGUACACUGGUGUAGAUCUGGAGCAAUUCCAUGGACGCUGGUAGAGUUAUUCUGCUUUCACACCAGCCCAACAGGGAGCAGAAUAUUGGCCACUGAUUGCAAGGACAUUUUGUAGUUGACUGUCAUUUUGCCCAUGGCAACCGUUUUUUUCUGAACUUUCCAAAAGCUUAGUUGAAAGUCCAUGAACUCCCUGGUCUUCCCUCGAUAUGGGCUUUUUAAACAAAGGCGAGACUGGAGGGCAGAGACUCUCACACUUCAAAAUAUUGCUGAGAAAUCAACUGGCUCAGAGAGCAUGAGUAACAGCCAGGAAAAUCCAAUGAGAUUAGAAGAGACUGAACAAGCACAUAUGGCUUGUUAAACCCUUUUCUUCAUCAGAUUGGAAUUAUUUGUAUUUUAAAUAGAUAUUUAAUUGUUUGUUUAUUUUGUUUGAUUUGGGCUUUUCUUUCUGUCUCUUUUUUUCAUUCAGCUUAUGGGCUGGGCUGAUUCUUACUGUAAGAAUGUGUUAUAACCAGGGCUUGCAAAUUAUUUUGUAAUGAUCAGUGCUUUCCUGAUGUCUGACUAAUGGCCGGUUAGGAUUUUUUUCCAGCAUGCCUUGGCAGGCAGAGCUCUGAUCAACUGAGACUGUGCUUUUCUCCAUCAUCAUUUCCCAGGUUUAUAUUUCAAUUAGAAGCUUUGUCUAAUCAGAACUAUGUGUGAACUGUGAAUAAAAAAAAGUAGGAGGCAGAUGCAGCCUGCUGCUCUGGGCAUAUUUCACUUGGCUCCUUUAUCAAAUGUGUAGAGACAGUGGGUCUCGGGGAAGGUAGAUGAAGCAGUUCAGGACUGAUGCUAAUAUUUGCUGUCCUCAGUUUCUUGAACCAAACUUGAAUACAACCUUGAAAGGUUCUGUGAUAUUCUAAUACAGAUUCUUUACAUGUUCCCUACAACGCAGUCUAAAGGAAACUACACAUUUUUAGUGCUGAACAAAAUUCUCUUGUCAGAACUGUAGAAAUCCUAAAUCCUUUUGCCAGAAUUAUUUUACUCCCAACAAAAUGUGGAUUUUCAAUGCAAUGGACAGUUUGAUUAAAUAAUCUGCUUUUUCAUUGAAAAUUUGGGGGAUUUCAGUAUAAAAACUGAAAAUCCCCAAACCUCUAUUUUUUUUGUCAGUGAAAACUGAGUAUUUUUGAGAUUUUUUUUUUCAACAGCACCCUGAAAAAUUAAAAAAGUUGAUGAAAAUGAAAUAAAAAAUUGCUUUUAGCAAAAGUUUCACAACUCUACCUCAAAUUUAGUAUAGAAUCCAAGUCUGGAUCUUGAAUUUUGUACCUUCUCCCUUACUAUCCUAGACUGACCUAAGUUUCUGGAUGGAUUCAGAAACUUCUUGAAAUUUGUAUGGGUUUGAAAUCCAAAGUCAGAUUUGCAGAUGUCACAUUUGCUCGCCUUUGUAAUUCUUGCCUUUAGCCAUGGCCAAAAGUAGGCAGUGUUUGGUAUCUUGCACAGAAAAUUAUUUUUCUGUAAUUUCCAGUCCAGCUCUCUGGACCCAAGAUAUUUAGAUAAGCUUCUUUUUCCCAUCACCAGUGAGAUUUCAAAGAGCUCCAGGACUCUUCUAUGCUGGGUAUUUUUGUGCCCUUCCAUUGUAUUUAGAAUUGCAAGUAGUAAAUGUUAAUCAUGCAGAAGGUUGUUUAUCUACAUUGGCAAAGCAGCAUUUCUGAAAAGAAUUUAAGUGACAAGACAGACAGUACAGAUUUACAAUAACUUUGUUCAUAAAUUUCUUUCAAGAUGUAAAGAAAGACAUAGUGCAGAAGGGGAAGACGCCAACAAUAUGGAUUUAAUCAUCUACAUUUCAGAAAUGCAGACCAAAUGUCUGUAAAGAUGUCCAUUUCUUCCAAACAUUUCUUAGAUAUUUUUUUCAAAGUUACCGGUUCACUCAGUCCAACACUCCAUUCAUAUUGGAACCAAUAUUGAAUCCUCUUUCAUUAAUAUUAAUGUUGGCCUUUUGGGCAAACUCAUACAUUAGUAACGAUCUUUCUUUCUGUUAGGAUAUGUGAGUUGCCAAAAAGUCGCCUUAGCUGAAAAGGUGAGAAAACGAGAGAGUAUGUGAUUCUAGGAUGCUUAUUCUUGGAAUCAUGACAAACACUUGUCCUUUCCAAGAAAAGGGAAUUUUCAGAGGUUAUUGUUUUCUCUGAGAAUGCCAAUCUCAUGGUAUGUAUUGCUAUCUAUGCACUUCUGGGAUGUCAGUGUUGUUCUGUGUUUCAGUCAGUUUAAAGGUAACUGGCAGGGAAAAAUAUCAGGUACAUAUUACAAGGGAGUCGGGUAAAGGGACUAAGCAGAGGAAAGCAGCACAAUGUGUUCCUAAAAGUGAAGCAGACCAUGAUUUUUGCAUGGUAUCUGUUUCAGUAAGACAUGUAUUAAUCCCUUAUGCUUUUCUCUCUCUCUUUCUCUUCCUAUUCCACUCCAAUUCCUGUUUUUUUUUUCUUCUCCUUCUUUAGUCUCUAUACCUACAACAAAACCCAACAGAAACAGGUACAUAAGCAUUAGAGAUACAAAAGACCAGGGCUUUUAACUACAGGUGGUGGUCAGGGCCAUCCUGCCUUUCCACAUUGUUAGAUAGGAGAGAGAUCAUGGCUAGACCCCAGACAGAAGUUCCAGGGGAGCCAUAAUAUGGAAAAGAUGAGGAACUACACUUUAAAGCACCACCUCCUGAUGCCAGAUAUUAAUCUAAUACUAUGCAUUUGUUCAAAGACCAGAGAUCUCAACAACUCUUUUCUAAACAGUGCAGUGAAAGUGAGAAGCAAAAUGGAUGUCUAUGUUGCCACUUUCCUGCUAAGGUAGAUAUUUUGGUGCAUAGCAAUGAAAUGGUUGAAAAACUAGCCAAAGAGAAAUUUCACAAUCAUAUAAACUCCAGGAGUUGAUGGAAAAUUUCACAUUUUAGUAUAUACUUAACUUUUAAAGCAACAUAAAAAAAAUCCUCCCCUCCAUUUAAUAUAUCUAUAUUUUAGGCACGGGUAAAUUUGAAUGUAUUUAUUAUUCCACUCAGCAUAAUAAUUGUUCCUUUUGGUUUUGAUUUAAGAAAUAUUUUUCCAAGAUUUUUGUCUUUUGCUGUGUCUUUCAUCUCUUCGUUAAUACUAACAUCUUACAAUGCCAGAGGAGGCAGGGAAGGACUGAAGCUUAGACUUAUUGAGUAAUUGGAGAAGCUAGUAAUUUGGGGGAAAUUUUAGUAUUAAAGCCUCUUUAUGAAAUCCAUGUAAGGAUAUAUAACACUUAACUUGGGAUCCUAGAAGCAUUUUAGCCAAGGAUACUAUAUUAUAUGGUCUAGAUUAGAACUGUCAGCACAGAACUGAACCACUUGCUGGCUGGUCUUUCCUGAAGUAGUCCCAGAUGACAAAUGGCACAGACUCUUCUCAGAGUCACGGUGGUUUCCUUGCCUCUGUGCUAUUUCCAGGUUGCAACUGACUGUUGGCCACUGUCAGUAAGAAAUUAUGACACUCCACUUGUGUUGCAUCUGCUGGUAUAUAAGGGGAGAAAGAGGCGCAGUCAUAAAAUUUGAGAAUCACUGGCCUACAGGUGUCUUCCUCCCCAUGUUCCUUGGUGGUGUCCCAUAGCAUAACUAUGCCUUCAUUGUGUCAGCUUCACUCUUACCCUGAAAUGGCUGGAAACCACCCCCCCAGGUGAUUAUUUUUUAAAUGAAUGAAACUCCAAAUGUGCUUUAAUGGUUCUCAACCUAACACUGUCAGUUCUCACCUCACCACAGGAUUGAAUUUGUUGGCAGAAAUGAAAUUAAAUUAAAAUAGUAAAACUUGGGUAUUGCUAAGUACUACAGGGAGCCCUAAAAGUAGUUCAUGUUGUAGACCCAUAGCCCCAGUGAACAUCCUUUAUUUCCCAAAGAAUCAUUUGAGUUGGAAGUGGGUCAAAGCCAUCUAUCCACUGCACUGUGCCAGGAUUGUGUCAGUUGUUCCUAAACCCUCCCUCUAGAUCUAUAAACAUUUUGUGGGAUGACUGCUGGCACCAAAUUAAUCUCUUUUUAUUGCACUAAAUUAACUACUGUUGUUUGGAAAUAAGGAAUAAAUAAAUAACAAAGAGAGUACAUUUCUCUAUUUUCUUUAUUAACAGAGCUUGUUAAAAUAUACUCCCAGGCUUUUAGAAAAUAUGAGUUAAUCCACAAAUUUUGGAGACUUUUUAUUUAUGUUACCUGUAGUGUAUCAAAAUCAAAAGGAGAGGCCUGUGAUUCUGAAUAGAUCAUUUAGUAGGGAGUUUUUAAUUUGAGCAGGAGAUUGAGGAUGACAUUCACUUAAAUUAAAUCAAGAGAAAUUUAGGUUGGAUUUAGGUUGGAAAUUAGGUUGGAAAAACUUGCUCACUAUGAGGGCAGUUAAGCAUUGGAACAUGUUCCCUAAAGAGGUUGUGGACUCUCCAUUCUUGGAAAUUUUUAACAACAGAUUGGACAUUUGGCUGGAUUAGACGUUUGCCCAAAGAUGCUCCUGCCUUGAGCAGAGGUUGGACUAGAUGACCUCCUUCCAGCCCUAUUUUUCUAUGAUUGUACGAGCAUAUGUUUUGGGAGGGAGUUUAGUCCAGUUAUUGGGACAGGGCCAUUGGGGAUCUCUCCUGAGAUGAGUUGCUCUGUGAUCUUGGGCAAGUCGCUUCUCCUCCAAAGGCAAGUGGACUCAGGCUGGCAGUAUAUUUGUCCAUGAACCUUUAACCCUUAAUGAGACUAUUCAUGGGAAAAAGUUUUGCUCAGUAAGGGCAUCAGAAUCAAUCCCCUGAGCUUAUUUUACAAAUCUGCAGGCUAGGUAUAAUGUUUACCCAAUUUAACAGUAAUGGUUGGAAGUUUAAGUGCCUUGAGACCUUUGGAUAGAAGGUAAUGUAAUUAUACAGUUCUUCUUCUAUGUCAUUUCUAAAUCCAUAAAUGACAGUGAACAAUCAGCUGAGAUAACCCACAGCCUAUGGGCUGAUAAUCACACCAGGUCUUAGUUGUAGUCCUGAUCUUUUUGCCAUGGAUAUAAAUGGGAGCUUUAGUAACCAAGAUACUUUUCAGCAAUUUGAGUUGGGCCUAUUACAGAUGCAAGCAGCGGCAUCAUGGCUUCUUGAAGGUAGGCUACCUUGCUCUUGGAUGAGUUUACAGAACUCAGGAGUGUAAGAAUGAUGUUGUAGCCAUGAUAGUCCAGAAAUGAUAUGAGAGGCAAUCAUUUCUUAGGGUGUUAUCUUUUAUUGGAACAGCUAUGGUUUUGAAUGCAACACAUUCUUGGUCAGGUAACCAGGUAAUGUCUUGCAUUCAAAAGCUCAUCUACCUUUAUCCCAACUACAUAGCUGGUCUAAUGAAAGAUAUCAUCCUAAGAAAUUCUUGCCUCUUUACAGUACUUCUCAUUGGAGGCUAGAGUAAGCUGCUGCCCCUGCAGCACAUUAUAAAAUGGGAUUAAGAAAUCAUGCAAUGUGGACUGGCUAGUAGUGAGUCAGACUCAUUUGCGGGCUGUACAGCCACUAAAUUGGUCUGACAUCAGUAACCGCAGCAUAAGAGCACGGACGCUGAAGUGAUUCAAACCAGCGCCUUUGUCACCAGUCAUUUUCUAUUUAUAACAACAGCACAGAUCCAUUUUAUAAUCACAAUGAGGCACAACAGGAGCAGGCUUUGUUCUGCCUAAAUCACAUUUCUCAUGCGGGUAGAUUUAAGCACUCAGCCUUUGGCCCCUUGCCUCACACCACACACACCCAAGGCUGGUGUUUCUGAUACAACAAUGCACACCCUGUCGUGCCUGAAUGCACAAAGCCCACUUAAUCCCCUGCUCAACAGCUCUCAAAUGUUCCCCAAAGUGUGCUGAGUUGCUACCCUCCCAAGCUUGUUAUUUCCAAUGGCAUUUGGAGACUCAGUCUUUGGUUUCAAAGGACGUGAGAGCCCAUUGCAUUGUUUAGUGGUGGUAAUGACUGGGCAUUGUUGGCAAGAAGAAGUGGGGAAAAAAUCCUUCUUUCAUAGUGGCAAAUGCACUGCUGUAAUUUGCUUGGCUUUUCAGAGACCCUGAAUCCCUUCCCAAAGACUCCGUUGCUGUUGAAGCAGACCCUCCGUUGGUGCAAAUCUUACAACUCCACUAACGUCCAUUGGAUUUACCCCAGCUGCAGAUUUGGCUCUGUAUUGUCUAGAGAGCAUUUAGGAUGUGGUAAUCCACAGACUUUUUUUUCUAGCUCAAGUGGUUCAUUUUUGCAGGGGAAUGCUGGAAAGAGGUUUAAGUUCAGGUCUGGGCAGGCUCAUAAAAAGCGUCUAUGUUGCAUUAAAGCGCAGUUACAGCUGGGGACAAUGGACCUUAUCUAUUUACCUCGAGGGUCUGUGUGGGAUUUCUGGAUAAGGAAGACAGGUUGAGCACCUUGGUGUACUUGUGAUUUUCAGGCAAUGCACAUAAUCUAUGAACACAUGAUAGUUGAUUUGACUGGCAGCUUGUAUGUAUGUGUACAGCUUUUACCAUAAUAGGAUCCUGAUCCAAACCUCGGGGCUCUCUUGUGAUAAACACGAUAAGUAAUACUACUAAUCAUUGUAAGAAAAGUCAUUUCACCUUACCUUUAAUGUUACAAUUGUGUUACUGUACAUUCUAUAUAUUGUGAAUACAAAUUAUGUUCAUUUUGCAUAUCAGGGAUAUUUUAUUGUUGAAGAAACAGUUGAGCUACUUGAACUUCUGAAUUAAAUAUAAAUCUAUUCAUUGUUCCCUUCUAGGCCAAUGGAUAAAAGAGUAGAAAUUUCUGUUGUUUCUUUGACAUGUGUUGAAUGAAGAAAUAUAUCUUGCUAAAGCUGGCCCAUUUAUAAUGCUGUUUUCCAAUCUUGAUUAGGACCCAGUAAUUUGAAUAAAAUUGCUUUAUUUUCUCAUAUUAAGUAAA